ACAACAUUGAUCAAAGUUUCGCAGGUAACUAAGAAAAAAUUGCAAUUUAAUCGUCUUUGUGCAUUUAAAUUAGUAAAAAACGCUGCAAUCCGCUUAUUAAAGUCAUUUUGCGUAGUGCAACAUCAAAAUUUCUGCAAUACCGGUCGACAAAACGAGUCGGCAGCAAUAGCGAAGAAAAAGUUUGAGGAAAUUCGCCCGAAUAUUUUAUCGAUUUUCAAGUGAAAUACUCCGAAUAGCAUCCAAAAAUCCCGUAAAUUAUCAACAAUGGAGCCAGUCCCGUUAUCUGCAGACUUCUUCGCGGAAUGCAAGGAAAAGUUCUACGAAUGCCCCAAACGGCGUCUUGCGCAGAAUGCCUGUUCACGUGUGGAUCCCUUCGAGGUGGCACUCUCACGGAAAGCCUUUGAAAAUACACAACAUGUCUUCAAUUACAAGGUCGAGAAGGAGGGAAAACCAAUGACCAAUCAAAAGUCUUCCGGUCGUUGUUGGAUCUUUGCCACACUAAACACGAUCCGGAUCCCCUUCAUGAAGGCGCACCAACUGGAGGAAUUCGAGUUCUCACAAGCAUAUCUCUUCUACUGGGACAAAAUCGAGCGCUGCAACUACUUCUUGAACAACGUCGUGGAGACGGCAAAACGUGGCGAAGCCGUAAACGGACGUCUCGUGUCAUUUCUGUUGAACGAUCCGACCUGCGAUGGCGGACAAUGGGACAUGAUUUGCAAUUUGAUCAACAAACACGGUGUCAUGCCGAAGAAAUGUUUCCCCGAGAGUUGGAGUUGCGAGUCCAGCAUGCGAUUAAAUGCCGUGCUCAAAAGCAAAUUGCGUGAAUAUGCAAAAAUUCUACGUGAUUUGCAUGAAAAUGGCGCAGAUCCGGCCGCACUCAAGGCCAAAAUCCUCGAACAAAUGAAGGAAAUCUACAACGUCGUCGGCAUCUGCUUGGGCAUCCCGUCGGAGAAAUUCACGUGGGAGUAUUACGAUGACAGCAAGAAAUACAAUUGCGUCGGACCGAUUAGUCCGCGCGACUUUUACCAGCAAUACGUGAAGCCGCACUUUAAUGUCGACGACAAAGUGUGUCUUGUGACAGAUCCGCGUCCCACAAACCCCUAUGGCAAGGCGUACACGGUCGAUUGCUUGGGAAAUGUCGUUGGCGGGCGUCAAGUGUUGUACAACAAUCAACCGGUGGAACUUUUGGCUGAUUUGGUGGUGAAAAGUUUGAAGAAGGGCGAACCGGUGUGGUUCGGAUGCGAAGUUACCAAGCGGAUGGCCGUCAAACAGGGCAUCGAAGAUCUCGCCAUACACGAUUUUGAUCUCGUUUUUGGCGUGGAUAUUCAAACGACAUUGUCCAAAGCUGAUAGACUCUUGUACGGCGAAUCGGCGAUGACACAUGCGAUGGUGUUCACGGGUGCAUCCGUUGAUGAGAACGGCAAGCCGACGAAAUUCCGCGUGGAAAACAGCUGGGGUGAGGAUCGCGGCGAAAAAGGCUACUUGAUCAUGACGUAUGACUGGUUCAAGGAGUUUACGUUCGAAGUUGUCGUCGACAAGAGUCUCGUGCCAUCGGAUGUCUUGAGUGUUUUCACCAUGACACCGGAAGUUUUGCCAGCAUGGGACCCCAUGGGAACACUCGCACAAUAAAUCGACUAAAUACGUUUUUCUAUUCGUUUGAUUUUUGUGUGAAAAUAGUCGAGUCACAGGGAGAUAAUACCAAUUAACCACUAAAAAAGUAAACAUUUUUUAUUACCUACUA